CGGAAUGCAGUUUAUUUUUCACCACCCAGACAAUCAGCAUUGUUGGAAGCGUCCGUCCACAAUCCACAUGCUAUAUCGCGGAUUUUUAUGGCAUAGGUACAGUUAGUGACGUGUUCGGCUAUAGAACGCGCGUCGAUUAGAACCAUACUACAGCCAAGGCCGUACUACAGCGAAGACCCAUUUUCCUCUCAGGCCCACCCAAAAGUUCUUGUGCCAAUUGAAAAAAGAUAUUUCCGAAAGAUUGAAUCAUAUAAGUCCAUGAAAACGACAUCAGCUGAAUCUGAAUGUGUAAGAAUCUUGAGUUGAAUCACGACUUCUUAGCUAGCUAAUAUUUCAUAAACUGAACAGUGAUUAGUGAACAAAUCAAUAAUUUAUUAUAUAGUAUUUUGACAUGCUUUAGAUUAUUCUGAAGACCGUGUCUGUCUUUCUUUGUUUAACCAAGCGCUUAGCAGUAACUUAGCACCAAAAAAAUCCUUUUGCUUAUUUUUGCAGUGUUUUAAUGCACAGGCUCUGGGUAUCUUCGCCCUUGAGGGAUCAGCUGAAGGUCGUCGCGCGAGGUUUCGGUCGUUGCGGUCGUUGGAUGCGAUUUUCUACCGGAUAUUCAAAAGCAUUGCGGUCUCCGGUUUGCAGUGUUUUGGUUGACACUCGCUCAUUUUCCUAUUUAGCUAGAAAUAAGACAGAGGUAAAUAUGGGCAAAACACAUAAAAUUGUAAUGAUUCGUCACGGAGAGAGUGAGUGGAAUCAAGAAAACAAAUUCUGUGGAUGGUAUGAUGCCAACCUUAGCCCGAAAGGCAUCGAGGAGGCCAAGUCAGCAGGAGAGGCACUCAAAAAGGCACAGAUGAAAUUUGACAUCGCACACACAUCUGUCCUGACCCGUGCCAACAAGACGCUGGAUACCAUUCUUGAGAUCCUGGGCCAGAAGGAUAUCCCCAUCAAGAAGACAUGGCGCCUGAAUGAGCGCCACUACGGCGGGCUGACCGGUCUUAACAAGGCGGAGACGGCCGCCAAGCACGGCGAGGAACAGGUGAAAAUCUGGCGGCGCAGCUUCGACAUCCCACCGCCGCCCAUCACGCCCGACAACCCCUACUACAAAGUGAUCCUGGAAGACCCGCGCUACAAGGACGGGCCCAGCAAGAGCGAGUUCCCCAUGUUCGAGUCGCUCAAACUGACGAUUGAGCGGACGCUGCCGUACUGGAACGACACAAUCGUACCUCAGAUCCGCCAGGGCAAGAGCAUCCUGAUCGCCGCCCACGGUAACAGUCUGCGAGGCAUCGUCAAACACCUCGAACAAAUGUCCGACGAGGCCAUCAUGGGUCUCAACCUGCCCACGGGUAUUCCGUUCGUGUACGAGCUGGACGAGCACAUGCGCCCCAUCAGGAAGAUGCAGUUCCUCGGCGACCCGGAGACGGUCAAAAAGGCCAUGGAGUCGGUGGCCAACCAGGGCAAGGCCAAGUGAGCGGCCGGCCUGCGCGCUCUAGUCACUGCUGUGGACGGCGCGGCCCUCCCGCCCCCGUGUGUGGCGCCCGCCCCGCCAAAGAGGUGGUGUCCACUGGGCGUCUGGCGGCGCCGACGGCAGCGGACUCUAAAUUAUUGCCGACAGUCGCCGUGAUAAGUGUGCAGUCACGUUUCAGUGUUCGCGUUAUUUGCGGAAGCGGUGAAGUUUCAGAUGUGUAGCUGAAUUGGAUGUUGCUGCUAAAUUGAGGAUGUUUUUAUUGCCUCGGCUUAGCGUGAAGACCCCAUCCUUUGAUGUACUCUGUUGGCUGGCUGGAUAUGGAUGCCGAUUUAGCCGAUUUACACUUACCACAGCGUAUACACCCAGUCUGUGUUGUUAUCGUUGGACAAGAUAAUAAAUUGCAGGUGACAGCCGACAUCUACUGAUUUA